UUUAAUAAAGGAAGUGGUAAAUUACUACACUUUAAUUAUCAGAUACCUGUCUACUUUUUUCUCGAUGGACAUUGGAUUGUGGAUUUUUGCGAUAUACCUAUUGCUUUUCUAUACAUAUGAGAUUUCAUACAUUUUUAUAUUCUGAGCCUAAUUCCACCCAUGAAAAACUCGGAUUAGGAAAUUAUACGAUGUACCAACCCUUGGUUUACGGAACCCUGCAACGUACAAUUAUCAACCUACCUAUUAUGAGUACCAAUGGUAUUACGUUCACGGUUAAGAAGCCUUUAAACCGUAAUUUGCGCAAUAUUUUAUUAAAUCGAUAUUUCGGUAAAUAAGACGAUGAACCAGCUAAUAUGAUUAUUGACCCAAUAUCACCCCUGUUAGUGUAACAUGUGUGCUUCAACGAAGAUGUGUUAUCUAAUAUUUACAAUGCCUGGCAGAAAGUAGGUGAAUUAGGGCUUAAUUUUAAUAAGGUAAAAUGAUUAAAUAGUCGUGUUCUCGGUCGUAGUCUAGAAUGAACUAUUAAAGCCUUCGUCGGGCCACAGUAAGCAUCCAACAGUCAUGGACCAAAAUCGAAUGUUGUCUCGGGCAGAGUGCGCGCGCAACUCCCGCCCCACGCCGCACCGCUCCGAACGUCCAUUGAUGAUCUUCUUAAUCUCGAUACAUGUUAUUAACACAAUUCGUAUGCAAACUUUUUAAAGGCGAAUACCUUUUUAUUUUGUCGCCUUUGAUUGAUUUUAUUAGGGAAGCAAGCUAAGGCAUAAAGUAAUUCGGGGCCAACACAUCUCGUUGAGAUGGAGGGCGCUGGCCACCGUUUCGUUUGCUAGGUUUGGGCGUCGCUGCGUCUCGGCUUUCGGCGGGCGGUUGGUGCGCGGCAGCGGCCGGCGCGACUGUGCGCACACAGCGCCGCCACGCACGCUUGUAUCGCGACCCAGUCUGCUCUGACGUUUAGCCGAGCCGCCGGUGUCGCCUUGCCGCACCGUUCGCAAAGUCGUAUCAGCGCUCAUUACAUUCUGCGCACUUUGAGAUAGCGAGAGAUAAUUGGGAGUGCUAGCCGUCGCCGGUGGUAGUCAGGUCGCGCGUAGGGCAGUCAGGUCGCGGACGGUGCGGCCUAGCGAGUAGCGAGGGUGCGGGCUGCUGCCGGCCGCAGGAGCGCGCGCCGCACAGCAGCUGGCGGUGUUUACACGCGCCUGCAUCCGCGCCGCCGUCGUGCGCUGCUCGCUGCAACAUACAACACCCCUCAUUUACUAUUCAACGCUGUGAAUUUUUAACUUUGCGAACGACCGAAAAUAGAGGUAUUUAAAUGCUUAUUAAACCCGACUCUCGCAGAGAGUCCGGCUGUAGUGCACAUUAGUGUCUCGAGCUCAGAGCAUACACAUCGAAACCGACUUGUCAUAGUUCAUUCGAGUGAUUUCACAACUUCGUAAAUAUGGGUGCUAAAGAAAGCGUGGAGGCUGCUAAAUUUUCUGCGCAAAAUUGGAACAAUUUCGAGCAUGCCGCUGUGAAACACCCGUACAGACACGGCACCCAGCGGUCGCAGAGCCUGAACCGCGGGCACUCGCUCUCGCGCACCGAUGGCACCUGGUGACAUCACGGGACCGCGGGCAGCAUAGUGCAGUGCGCCGAGUGCGGCACGCGCACGAUGGGCAACAAGCUGUCGUCGUGCUCCUGCGCGCCCAUCCUGCGCAAGGCGUACCGCUAUGAAGACAGCCCGUGGCAGAACUCGCGACGAAGAGACGGACAUUUGCUAAGAUUAUGGGCGGAGGUAUUCCACGUAUCAGCAAGCGGUGCCGGGACGGUGAAGUGGCAGCAGGUGUCGGAGGACCUGGUGCCGGUGAACAUCACCUGCAUCCAGGACUCGCCCGAGUGCGUGUUCCACAUCACCGCGUACAACUCACAGGUUGACAAGAUACUCGACGUCAGACUACUGCAGCCCGGUACUCGCAUAGGACAAGCAUCUGAAUGCUUCGUAUACUGGAAGGAUCCCAUGACCAACGACACUUGGGGACUGAAUUUCACUUCUCCCAUUGAUGCCAAACAAUUCAGAGAAUGCUGUUCGCCAUCGUUCAAAUUCUCCCGGAAGGCGUCAUCCAGCUACAGCUUAAAGCUAGAACCACCCGGGAACAAGCAGAAGUUCAAGGCUAAGAGGAAGCCGCUCUCCACACCGGCCAGUCCUAAUCGAUCCAGCUUGACCUACGGUCGCGAGCCGCAGUGCACCUGCAUGACUCAAGAACAGUAUGCACGGCUGAGAGCCCAGGAUCCACGUUAUCGUUCGUCAACUCUGCCCCGCACCACGGCUCGUGCCAUGGAGACAGAUGCAGGCGCGGCGGGCACCGCCGGCCGCUCAGACAAGGUGGCCGCCGCGACCUCCUCCACAUCGCUGUACGACAAUGUGUCCAACUCACAGCCCGCACACCAGCCGCCACCGAAACCGGCUUCGCGUCAGGCUGACUCACAGCCACCAUCUCGGCCUCCAAAAUCACAAGAGACCUCUACUAUGACUAAUAACACUUCGACAGCACCCAAGACUGUCACUGCUUCAACGGGAACUCACGGAACUAAUACAAAUGAAGAGAGCCAAGCGGGCGGCGGAGGGGCAUCGUCCCAGCACACUCAGGACCUGAAAUCAGAGGGCGUGCAGGCCGGCGGCACGCUGACGUCAUCCAAGUCCUCAGCCACCUCCACACGCUCCGGCAAGGAACACCUGCAGCACAUGCCCAAAAGCGUCGACUACGGAGACGGAAACGAAUCAGACUGUAUGCAUUUUCAGUCGCGCGAAUCUGAAAGGCACUCUCAUCAUCACAACGUUAUCAAUAAUAACACAUCGGGCUCGCGUCGUACCAAGUCUAAGAGCACUGAAGAUAUGAAUAUGGAUUCGAGCACCUUGAAGCGCAUGCUGAAGCCGAUGCCGUCGACGGAGAGCCCGGUGACGUCACCGGAGAUGGGACGACGGCGGUAUGGAGGGCAGGCGCCGUGCCCGCCGUCCUGCGGCUCGCAUGGACACCGCCACCAGCAGCACGGUCACCACGGACACUACUCGCACAUCGUUAAUAACAACAGCCGACAGAGCUCGCAGCGUCGUGGUGUGGGUGUCGGCGCCGCUCCCAGUGGAUAUCCUGGUCGUGGCUUGUAUUUAGAACUGGGCGGUGGUGAACGUGAUCUCUCUCCACCUUCAGACAACGUGAUGUUUGACAACCAGUGUUAUGCCACCACGCCGUCGUCGUCUAAUGGGAACUCCGACCAGGAGCCUUGUCAGCGCCGCGAUUCCAGACAGCAUCAUCAUGCGAAGCCGUGCUUGUCUCGCCAGGCCUCCCAGUCUAGUGCCACACCUGCUCCGGGCUCGCCCACCUCACGCCUGCUGUUGGAGUAUGAGAUGCAUCUGAGGAACACUCUCGCUAAAGGCAUGGAUGCAGAGAGCUACAGUCUGCACACGUUUGAGGCACUGCUUAGCCAGAGCAUGGAGGAUUUAGAAUACAACGAUAACGUGCCAUCUUCAAAUCAGAGAAGUCCGUAUCCGCCGAGACGACGACCGACCCAAGAAUCAAUUCUACAGUCUUUGAGACACCUUAAGGAGGCUGCAAUAAGGGAUAGAGAAGCAGCAUCCCAGUGCUCGGGCGGCGGGAGUCGGUCGUCGACGCUGCCGCUGCCGCACCGCCUCGGUGUUGAGAGACAGCACAGCGCUAGGUCCGACCGCGAUGGGUAUUACAGUGAUCGCAAUGAGCUGAUGCGAGAACGUGAACGUGAACGGGAGCGUGGCUACUUGAGCGACCAUAACACCAGGGACAGAGUACGUGAUCGUGAUCAAGGAUAUCUCAGCGAUCAUCAGUCAAGUUUCGUGAGCGCAUCCCGGUGCGCUUCAUGCAUCGGUGAGUCUGCCCGUGCGGCGUGGUACCGCCACUCAGACGGGUGGCGCGGCGCCCCGCCCCCUGGCCCCCGCCGCUCGCCCUGGGACUCCCUCCCCAGCCUCCGCCAUGAAGGAAGCCUUAACGACUCCGGCUACAGGAGUAACAGAGCCGACAGCUUUGAGCAAAGGGGUGUGUUCGACCGGCAAGACAGCGUUCGUUCUGAGUACACAAGCGAUCGUGAAUCGACGCGCUAUGGCAUAGUCCAGCAAGCUUCAAUUGACAGCACCGAUUCCAGGAUUUGCUACUUGACGUCGAGUGAGAUAUCGGACGAUGAUCGCAUGUCGCUAACGACAGCCGUGUCGGACGAAGAGGAUCCUGGCGAGAGCGCCAUGAAUUCUCCUUACAAAGGGAAGCAGACUGGCGCCGCCGCGGCCUCCUUCAACUGCACGGGAGCCGUCAGGAAAGCCGGGUUUUUGAGUGUGAAGAAGUGGUUGCUGCGUAAGAAGCAUCAGAUUGAGUUAGCCCGCAAGCGUGGUUGGAAGGGCUACUGGGUGUGUUUGAAGGGGACUACGCUGUUGUUCUACCCUUGCGACUCACGUGAAGGUCGCUCCGUAGAAGCUGCUCCGAAGCAUCUGAUCAUUGUAGACGGAGCCAUCAUGCAGCCGAUACCUGAACACCCCAAACGCGAUUACAUAUUCUGUCUCAGUACUGCUUUUGGUGACGCCUAUCUCUUCCAAGCACCGUGUCAGAUUGAGCUCGAAAACUGGGUGAAUAGCAUUCAUAGUGCCUGCGCGGCGGCGUUUGCCCGCCACCGAGGUAAGACAGGAACUCUUCAUUUACUGCAGGAAGAAAUCUACCGCCUGGAAAAAGCUAUCGAAUCGGAUCAUAAGUUGAAGCAUAUGGCGGACCUCCAACAGUCAGUGGUGUCUGACCCGGAGACUCGCGCACAGCUUGCUGUCCAGAUGCUGCAGUGGGAGGAGAACCUCGAACGUCUGCACUGCGAACAAUUCCGACUGCGCUGUUACAUGGCCAGCCUCCAGAGCGGAGAACUCCCCAACCCUAAGUCGCUGCUCACACACGUGUCUCGCGGCACUAAGAGCACUCUGAACAAGCUGGGCGUGUUCACGGUGUCAUCGUUCCACGCGUUCAUCUGCGCGCGCUCCCCAUCUCUACUAAACAACUUGCUGGCUGGGCGCGGAGCCACCAAACGCAGGGCACCAAACCUGUCCCGAUCCAACUCUGGUUCGAGCCGCCGAUCCAUGCAGAUGUCUCGUGAGGAUGGGGAGGCUGCGGUGCGCGUGUCUCUGCCUGAAGGCACCACGGCGACUGUCGGCGUGCGUGAGGGUAUGUCUGUGGAGGAGUUCCUCGCCGCUGCAUGUGCUCGACGCUCCCUCAACGCCCUGGAACACUUCGUUAGAGUCAAGAAGCGCCGCGAUAUGGAAGACCACAACUACUUCGUGCCACACCGCAGCGAUCUCAUUGAAACCUACCUCCAUACUCACGAAGUAGUGGAAGUGUGUGCCAAGAUCCUAUAUCAAGUGGAAUUACAACGGACGACGCUGGAACAAAUGUGGGGCUUCAGCGUGGAAGCCGAGCUCAUUGAGAACGCCGAGCGGCAGGACGAGCUCUGCUGCUAUGUGAGCCGAGUUGAAGACAAGAGCGUCGCUAUGCAAAAUGGUAUAAUCAAAGGCGAUGAAAUAAUGGUAAUCAACGGAGCAAUCGUAUCUGACCUAGAUAUGAUGUACUUGGAGAGCGUGCUGCAAGAGGAACUGUCCCUCGUCAUGAUGAUGAGGUCGUCUCGCACGGAGCCGCCGGAGCUGACGGGGGUGAUGCGCGCGGCCACGGACGACAUAAUCGAUUCCCUCGUGUGCCCGCCGCCGCCCAGCGAGCCGCCAGUCAUCUCCGACGACAUGAUAUCCGGCCUCAUCGUGCCCGCGCCCGCCUGGAGCAAGGAACUGUACAGCCCCGACGCGGACGCGCACGGCGGUGACGCAGUCAGCGGCCCGCCCAAAGUCAGCUCCCGAACUAACUCGUUCGAAAUAGAAAAUCUGCUCAAGAGCGCGGAGCAAGUGACUGGCUGGUGCCGCUCCCCGGCGGAGACCCGGCGCGGCAGCCCCACCGGCAGCGUGGCGAGCGCCGCGGCCGGCACGCCCUCGCGACACCUCUCUGAUGCUGACAAACUCAGGAAAGUGCUGCUCGAGCUGGUCGAUACUGAACGCGCAUAUGUUAAGCACUUGAACAACUUACUGGAAAACUACCUGGAGCCGCUGAAGAAAGAAACUUUUUUAUCAAACGCCGAGAUCAAUGCUUUGUUCGGAAACAUUCAGGAGAUAGUGACUUUCCAACGACAAUUCUUGCAAAACUUAGAGGAAGCGCUUGAGGCUGAACCCAACUUCCAUCACUUUGAAUUUUCUAACCAGUUUAAGAAUGUUCUCUUCGCAGUUGGAAACGCUUUCCUAUAUUAUGUUAACCAUUUCAAGUUGUACAGUUCUUUCUGUGCUAGUCACAGUAAAGCUCAGAAGGUUUUGCAUCCAAAUGAAGGCAAUCAAGCUUUACAAGAAUUCCUUGCGGCUAGGAAUCCAAAACAACAGCAUUCAUCAACUCUGGAGUCGUACUUAAUAAAACCAAUUCAACGGAUAUUAAAAUAUCCGCUUUUACUCCAGCAAUUGAGAAAUUUGACUGAUGUUAACUCUGAAGAACACCUUCAUUUAGUGGAGGCUCUCAAAGGUAUGGAAAAAGUUGCGGAGCACAUCAAUGAAAUGCAACGAAUUCAUGAAGAGUAUGGUGCUAUAUUUGACCACUUGUUUAGGCAACAUCAAAAGUCUUGCAAGCAACCAAUAGAUCUAAGUCCUGGUGAUUUGUUAUACUAUGGAGGAGUAGAAUGGUUAAAUAUUUCUGACUUUUUAGGAAAAAUUAAAAAGGGAUUGGAAUUACACGCAAUGUGCUUUGUAUUUAAAUCUGCUGUUGUCUUCCUCUGCAAAGAAAGACUGAGACAGAAGAAAAAGCUUAUGGGUGUAUCGUCAAAGAACAAUUCGAACGAAGUAGAGAUCAUUCGGUACCAGGUGUUGAUACCAGUGACCGAGGUACAGGUGCGCGCCUCCUCCGCCAAGGACAUGGACAGCCACUUCCUCUGGGAACUAAUCCAUCUGCGGAGCCAGCUCCAACGCCGAUCUGAAAAAGUCUACGUGCUAUCUAACAGUACGGCUGACUUCCGAAACGCAUUCCUGAAGACGAUUCGUCAGAUAAUUCGUGAGUCGGUGCGCAAUAUGUCACUGCCAAGCUCUCGACCGGCCCCAGCGCCGCCGCGGGCUCCACACGCACCGCACACUCUAGAACGCGACAGAUCUAAGCACCAGGUGCAUGUGAUGCAGGGAUCGCAAACGCUUGGAAAAACUAAAAAGCCUAAAACUUCCGGGCAGAGACUGUCAGCUGGAAACAUUGAGGUGGGUGACCUAUCUCGCGAGAACUCCCAGGACGCGGAUGAACCGCCGCCAGAGCCUCCCCCAGAGGAACCAGCUUUCAGGCACCGCAGCAAGACGCUUGGUGAUGCCGUUGGUAAUAACAUACAAAUACCGGAACCAAUUGCGAAGCGCGCGCCGCCUCCCCCGCCGCCAGACACUGACAAGUCAGAUCUCGGAUCUAAGUCAGAGGGAGAAGACGAGCAGCCACCCCCACCCGCCAAGAGGGGGCUUGGCAGGACUCCCAACCACCUCACUCUAAGCACAACGUCGACGUUGAGUGCAGGCAGUACUGGCAGUCAGGCCCGGCUCAUCCAAUCUUCACAUCAACCUACCCAAUAUCAGCCUACUAUGGUGAAGGAACUAGGAUCGCCCGUGUGGAAACCGCGUGACAUGUCGAGCUCUGCGGGCGGGGGCGGGGGCGGGGGCAGCGCGGCGCCCACCACGCUGCCGCGCUCGACGCGCACGGCGCCGCGCCCGCACCAGCUGUCAGCCAGCCGCAAGUCGCUGGCGCCCGACCACCGCCACUAGCCAGUCGCCGCCUGCGAGCGCCUUACCCCCAUACCGAUACACCCCGUGUUUAGUGUCCGCCGACCACACAACUGCAAUACUCUCAUCAUUUUGACCGUGUGAUUUUUACCCUCUCGUGUUUGUAUUAUCAAUCACAUUUCUUCCAAAUUUCCCUCGUUUCAUUACUAUAAGUUUGCUCAAAAUGCCCCAAAAAUCAAUUAAAGCUCAAAGUAUUUACCUUGAAUGGGUUUGUACAAAUCGAACGUACGUUUUCCUAAUAUUGAUUGAGCUCAAAAUAUUUAUUUAUGAGUUACAUACAUGAUCCUGUCUGUGUGCCCGUAUCAAAAUAAGACUGCGUGCAGCUCUUUUGAGAGGGAUAGUGCACCUAAAUAUAUUGAAAUAGUUUGACAAUACCCUUGUGAGUACAAGAUAUAAUUUGUUAAGUCCCAGUUUUGUUUCACCUCUAGAGUGUGAACAGGUAACCGGACUUUGAAAGUUACUUUAGAAUGUUUCUUGUUUCUCACACGAUCCCCUCAGGUUCCUGUUCCUAUAAAGUGCGUAAAUUAUCAAAAAGUUGAUAAAUACGUGCCCCCAAAACAGAGUCACCUCCUGUAAUAAAAUUCCUCGUCGAUCCUAAUUUAUUAUUUCAGUAUAUAAAUAUCUCUGCUGUACUUGAAAGAUGUACUUUAUAUUAAUAGAAUAUAAGUUUUAUUUAUAAUCGACCUACAUGACAUGUUAACUUAGGUAGGUCUAUUUUAUAACUACAAAUGAAUGACAAUAUCAAUAGAAAGUCGAGAAAAUAAUUGAGUCACAUUACAUAAUUAGUUUCAGCGGUGUUGUUAUUGGACCUGUUUUGUUUUGAAGUAUUCUUAAACGAGAAUCUCUUGCGUAGACCGUUGUAAUAGCGCCUACACACCCAACCGUGAUGUCUCCGAGUCCUGAGCGUGGCAUGAAUAGUGCCGCCAGUGUCCGGAGACAAGUAUCCUCGUGAUGACUUUCUACUUAGGCUUUAUUUGAGACUUAUUUAAGCCUGUGAAUAUCCUAUAAAUUCGUUUUGUACGGACUGCUCUGUGCCAAAUUAGGUACUCUCCACAACUCCCUGUGCUUGAAUACUUAUCGUGAAGAUAUUACUGAUAAAUAAAUAUAUCGUGAGAGUAGUUAGCUGUAAUGUAUUUGCGUUUCAUUUUCGUCACAUUGGCAAUACUCACUACCCUAUAGUUCAAAAUGCACACACCCAAAUGGAAAUAUACACUAGGUAGUUUUGAUAAUAAUUUCUCUUCAUGAUCAAAUUCGAAAGUUCUAUCAUAGGCUAGGUGAAUGAUAUAACAUGUAUCCACGAUUUAUUUACUUCUGUUUGAGUGUUUUGAAAUUGUAUGUAUAUGAUCGUUUAUUUGCUGUAAAAUAUUGUAAAUGUGUUGACUGCAGUCGCGGAAAACUGUAAACUGAAUCGAAUGUAAUAUUUUGAUCCCGUGAUAUUAAGACAGCUACAACGAAUGUAGCGUUUGAUAAUAUAUUAUUACCGGAAUAUCUAUAUCUUAUGCAAUUAAAACUCUCUGUACCUGUAAAAAUGUAUGAACCUAUCUUCUGAAAGUUAGAUAAAUGAAUGCUGAAUGAUUCCGAGAAGUAAUAAUACAUUAUGUGUGAGUGUUGGUGAAGUGUGCUGGGAGCGCGGGCUCGCGCCACUUCGGGCUCAUGUCGGCAUAUCAGCGCGGCCAAGCAUCUCGAUCAGCUUAUGCGUUUUCUCGUGAUCUUGUAAAUGUUUAUUGUUUUAAGUAUAUUGCAGUUACCUGGAGUAUGUAUACACAGUAUGUAUUACGACGUUAGAUUAUACCUGUGUAAUAUGUAUAUUAUUGUGAACACAUUAUAUUUUAAACUUUAUAUAUUGUUUAAGUGUUUGUUUUGUGACUUAUUGAAAUAAAACAGUUUAUUAAUAUACAUAUGUUAAAAUAUUCGAAUUUAAUAAUUACGAACUUAUACAAUCAAUUUAUAGAUAUUAUUAUACUAAGAAAAUUAUAAUUAAUAAAAUGAAUAAACAAAUAUGAGUGAAAAAUUAAAUGAAGGAUGAGCUCAUUAAUUGCGAUUGUAUUUCAUACUUCAAUGACAUUUGAAAGUAAUGUAGGAAAAUGAAUGAAUAUUUAGAAAGACUUAUUGAAGUAAAAUACGAAAGUAACUAAUGUUAUAAUAAGUAUUGAACUUUUAUAAUUUCACGUUGUUAUUGUUUGCGGAUUAAGUUUGUUGUGUUCAUGAUUAUGUCGGAGUAUUAUCGAAGUAAAUUAAUCAAGUGUUGGUACACUUGGUACAGUAUCGUGUAGACGUUGUCGAACUGCUUCACAGAGCUCCAGUAUGUUAUGUGCCACGUUAUGCAACACCGAGUAUUGUUGUGUAUCGUUUCUCCACAUUAAUUCCCAGAAUUAACUCCUACCUAAGAAUUCUAUUACUUUAUUUAUUUUCAAUUGUUUUUUAUUCAAGUAUUCAUAUAAUUACCGUAAUUCUACAUUCCUUCUUAUCCUAUAACUUCUUUCAGUGUUACCACUCUGUUCUAUCGUCUAAAUUAAAAGUGCCUUCACAUGUUUUUAACACAACGUGCGCGAGUGUAUAUGGCACUAUACAAGGACUCUAGGAAGCAUUUCGUCAACGUCAACUUAAUGAAAAUGUUAUUGAUUCUAGUAUCCUUUAGUGGCUUCCAAAACUAGUCUAAUUUACAGAUUUAUUAAGGUAUCUAUUUAUUGUUUUCCUAAGUAUUUGAUAUGUUAAAUUUUGUGACACGUAUGGAUAUUACUUUUUAUUGCUUAUGAAUAAAUAUAAAAUAUAAAAU